CAGAGAGACGAGGGUAGUUUUCCUUGCUUGCUUUCAUUCUCAUGGUGCUUUGGUCCUGAUAAGGUUGCCACACCAACAGGAGGUGCUACUCUAUCUAAAGACAACGGAAACAUGGCACGGCAGAUGCACACAUCGCCGUGCCAACCCAUAUUUUCUUAUUUUUUUUCUGAAUGAGGUAUUUCCCUGCUUAUUACGCGAGAUGAACUCCGGCUCAUCGGAUUUAGAAAGCGCCGGGUAACGACGCUGCACAGCGUAGUAUUUAGUUAAAAGGGUCCUCUUCAUAAAAGUCUACAGAAGCUGUUACAGGCAUGCUGGUCAGGAUGCUCAAACUGCAAAUGCUCAACGCGAUUGCGCCAGCCUACUUCUACACUGCGACGGCGGUGACCUUCGUGCUCCAUUUCUUCCUCUUCAUCCCCACUAUUUUCCAAACCCCAGGCUUGACACUGAGUCCCAUUGUGGUGCUCCACGCUGCCAUCUUCAUGUUCCUUAUGACCAAUGCUCUUGGUAAUUACUCAAUGACUAUAUGGUUCCCAGCAGAAAGUGCCAAUGAGAAAGUCAUCCCAGUAUGCUCUCCAGACUGUCCGGACAGAGUUGACGCACACUACCUCCUCAAUGGCCGACACUUCUGUAAGCUGUGUAAGAAAGUUAUCCUUAAACGGGACCACCACUGUUUCUUCACGGGUAACUGCAUUGGGAACAGGAACAUGCGUUACUUCAUCAUGUUCAGUAUCUACACUUCCUGUACAUGCCUGUACUCUCUAGUGCUCGGUGUGGCAUAUCUCACAGUGGAAUAUUCAAUCUCCUUCGAAAACCCCCUCACCUUCCUCACACUCCUGCCCCUCUCUACGGGUUACUUCUUCCUUGGUAUGAUCUGUGGCCUUCAGUUCUUCCUGGUCCUCAUGCUCUAUGUGUGGUUGGGCGUCGGCCUGGUGAGUGCUGGCUUCUGUUGCCAACAGGUUUUGCUCGUGGCCCGCGGGCAGACCUGGUGCCAGCUGCACAAAGGGCAGCUGGUGGAGAGCAGAGGAACGUGGCGAUCCAACCUGAGUGAUGUGUUUGGGUCCCGCUGGGUAGUAGGACUCUUUCUACCUGUACAGACUGUGGAGACCAUACCUGGAAACUGGUACAGUUACCAUGAACACAAGCAUGACUGACCAUGUUUCUUGAAUGCCUUAGUGUUUACUAUAUCGACUUCUUCUAGGUUAUCUGCUUGAUCGUCAUUGUGUAGAUUAGGUCAUCAUUGUCAUACAGAUGAGUGAACACAUCUCAGUGUCCAUAAAUGAUAGCUAAAUAAAUGGUAAUGAUAUCAAAGGCCCUGAAUGAGGCCAUAGUUUUAACCAGAGAUGUACAGUGCUAGAGAAUCAUUUGAUCACAUAGGACUCCAUUAUAGAAAUGCAGUUAUGAUUUUUUAUUUUUAUCUUUUAGUGAGAUAGAACAAAUAAAUAGAAUACUAUUUGUGAAAUCAUGUACUCAAGGACAAGUAGCACAAAGCUUACACAACUGGCCUAGUAAAUACUGGCCAACUAUUAUGUCAUUAACUCAGUACAUGCAGGCUGAUAGUAGGCAGUAAAGUGCACUAAUUUAUUGUUCAAAUUGCAAUUUGUUAAAAUAUAUUUAAAAACUACUUUGACAGUCACACCUAGAUGUUUUGAUAACCUGCCGUCAUUUAAAGUGGUUCUCAAACAAGACACGAAUGAAUAAAGAGGUGUAAAAUGGCCUGAACCUUAUCACAAAUGAUUUUAAAGCAUUUAGGCAUUAUCAUCUUGUUAGAAACCCAUACAGAACUUCGCGUUGACUAAUAUUUAUGUUCACUUUGUAGUGAAGCAAAUUAUACUGCAUUUUUAAAAUAUACUUUUUAUUGUACUGGACAUGACAUUAUGUAUUAAUAAGUGCAGUUUAUGUAGUUUACCGAUGUUUUUGUUUUGAUCCUGAAGCAUAUUCCUCACAUAUGCCAAUGCUUAGCAUACUCACAGUCCUCCUUUAAGUGCUUGUAGUCAGUGCCUGUGAUUCUAUGGCUGUGAGUGCCUUUUAAAAAUCUUAAAGUACAAUUAGUAAUAAUAGGUGUUAGAAACAUAACAAACUGUUGGGUAACAUUGCGGUAGCCCAGAACAGAGGUUCAUGUCUACAUUUGAACAGUUGUACAGCAUGCUUAUUGUUUCGCCUUUAAACCUUGUUAGUCAGUAUCUACGGGUUUCUUUAUUCACCCCACCUCACCACUUACAUCCGGACAAGAUCAGAGCAUCACGAUAAGUUUCUAUUACGGUCAUCAGGUGUUUGGGAACAGGGGAAUCACUUCUUUUAUAUUAACAGAAUCAUCUCUGUUCUCUGUUCCUGCUAUUAGAUCAUGACCUCUCCAUUCUACUUUAUAGAUGAGCAACAUGUAUAACUUGUGUAAUUUUGUCAUUGCAUAUGUAUUAUCCCAAUGUUAUCAUUAACAUUUAGCAUUUUAAUUGGUCAUUUCUAUAUUUCUUAAGGGUUAUAUUACUCUUAAGGAUUUUUAGUGAAAAAAAACCCUUUACAUAUAUGUUUAUUUUAUUUACAUGUUUAUUCAUUUGUGACAAUUUAAGGGCUAUAGUUCUGCUGUGAAAUUUCUAGGAAUGAGAAAUGUCUGGUUUGAAAGUUUGUAAGAUAAUGGUAGGUUUUUGACACAUAACUGUCAGUAUAUGAUUAUCAUCAAUA